UCACAUCAAUAAAUGGCAACUUCAUUUUCAUCCUCAUUGUUUUCUUCUCCUAAUUUCACACUCACUUCGACCCGACCAUCAUUUUCACAUUCACAUUCAACUUCAUUCUCAAAUUCAAAUUCAAUUUCUAUCACAAGAUAUCCGAUUUCCGCUGCCUACGCCACAACCGCAGAGAGGACGGCGGCAUCAGUGACAGAGACUAACAGAUCGUACGGUAGUUACAGUCAACGAUCACUGUACGAGGUGCUUGGUGUUGAGAUUGGAGCAGAUACACGAGAGGUGAAAUCGGCGUACCGGAGAUUAGCUAGAGUUUUGCAUCCGGAUGUGGGAAGUUGUGAGUCGUCCGCGGAUGAGUUUAUGAGAGUGCAUUCUGCGUAUGCUACGCUUGCGGAUCCGGUGAAGCGAGCGGAGUAUGAUCGGAGUUUGGUGCAGACAAGGAUGGGAGGUGUGUGUCCGGUCGGUGGUUGUAGGAGUGGUAGUAGAAGAAGGUGGGAGACUGAUCAGUGUUGGUAGAAUGUGAAUGUUAAAGUUUGAUAGAUAUAGAUAUUUUAAUGAUCUUGAAUUUGUAAAUAUGUAGACUAAAUUGGGUUAAUAUUAAGAUCAACUUGACCAAAACUUGAUUUGAUACUAUAAAUAGUUGUUGAUUUUGCAAGUGCAUAUUCAUUGAAAAGUAUUAAAA